CACAGACUCAGUCCGAACCGAGUCUCCACAGCUCGUCCGGGAGCGCUGCCAAACAGGCACAAAUAUUCGCACUUGUUUGACUUUGAAGGAAUCUAUUCCAGCUGAGAAGAUCCUGCAGCUCCUGUAACCUCUGGUGUAGCCUACCUCUGGAAGAAGACAUCUCUAUCUAGAUUUUUCAGAACAGAAGCCUGAAGACACGCUCUCACAAGGCUGUCCACUGUAGUCCGUCUCUGAACCCGUCCACACCGCUGUUGCCAUGCUUAAACUCGUUCCCCUUGCAUUGCUAUUCCUGAGUGCCAGGUUGGCAACUUCCCUCUUCCUGCCUGACUCCCCGGAGCUGAGGCGAUUAAUGCAACGUUACCAGGAUGAGUCCAAUGGCACAAAUGCAGAUGCACAUUCACGCACCCGCAGAGCCAUCCCGUGGUCCGAUCGCGAGGAGAUUUUGCAGCUACACAAUAAGCUGAGGGGUGAAGUGUACCCCACUGCAUCAAACAUGGAGUACAUGGUAUGGGAUGAUGAACUGGAGAAGUCAGCAACUUAUUGGGCGGAACAGUGCCAAUGGGAACAUGGGCCCCAAGAUCUUCUUAUGUCCAUUGGGCAGAAUCUGGCUGUACACUGGGGCAGGUACCGCUCACCUGCUUACCACGUGCAGGCCUGGUAUGACGAAGUGAAGGACUACACAUACCCACAUGAGUUCCCCGAACACUGCUCUGGACCCAUGUGCACUCAUUACACCCAGCUGGUCUGGGCCACAACCAAUCGAGUGGGCUGCGCUGUACACACGUGCCCACGUAUGAACGUAUGGGGGGAGACCUGGGAGAAUGCCAUCUCUCUUGUUUGCAACUACUCACCCAAGGGAAACUGGAUCGGGGAAGCCCCAUACCAACUUGGCCGUCCUUGCUCUCAAUGCCCACCAAGUUAUGGAGGAGUCUGCAGGAACAAUCUCUGUUAUAAGGGAGACUCUGAACGUCAGGAGACUCGAGAUAUGAAUGAGGUGGAGAAGCCCCAGGAGCCAGUACAGCCUCAGACUCCUCAAAUUAAACAACAAUCCAAACCUAAGAGACCUGUAAACUCCAAACCCUCCUUGUCUACAAGCACCACCUAUCUAGCCAAAAAUAUAAAGUGUGAGACGAAAAUGAGGGACAAAUGUAAAGGAGCAACCUGUAACAGGUACAACUGCCCGGCCAACUGCAUGGACAGAAGAGGAAAAGUGUGGGGCACACUUUACUAUGAUGUACAAUCAAGUAUUUGUCGUGCUGCUAUUCAUCAUGGUGUAAUUGACAAUAAUGGAGGCCUCGUGGACACCACAAGAAAAGAUAACAUGCCAUUCUUCGUAAAAGCAAACAGAAAUGGCAUUGAGUCCCUGAGUAAAUAUAAACCUGGAAAUGCAUUCAUGGUAUCCAAAGUGGAAGAGCAAUCCAUAGAUUGCUACACGACAGUGGCUGAGAUUUGUUCCUUCAAGAUGUCCUCCUCCUAUUGUCCAAGAGUUUCCUGCCCUGCGAACUGCAUAAAUGAACCUUCAUAUUGGGCUCCAGUGGUUGGCACAAACAUCUACGCUGACGGUUCCAGUGUCUGUCGAGCAGCUAUCCACGCCGGAGUGAUCAAAGCUAGUGGGGGCUAUGUAGAUGUCCUGGCUCUGGACAAGAGGAAAAGUUACACUGGGACCAUGAAGAACGGCAUCCAAUCUGAGAGUAAAACCAAUACAGAAGGUGGUUCGUUCCGUGUCUUCGCUGUUAGAGAGUGAGUCUCUCGUCCAUUUCUGCAAAAGCAAAGCACUCCUGAUGGCUCUCAAAAAGCAGAAUGUGUCAAUGUGGAACGCAACCUCUCAUCAAGAGACACCUACAUAAGACCAAAGGACCAGUUAAACUUUCCUUUCUUACUGUUGGUCUAUUCAGAGCGUUUCCAAAAGUUUGAUCUGUUUGUGUGUAAUAUUUUUUGAUGCAGUGGGGUAGAGAUAAUAUAACAGCGGCGCUGGUUUGAUCAUCGUUUCAGUCCGUUUAUAUUUUAAAUAAUAUCUUACUCAAAUUUUAUAAUAAAAUAAAUGCAAAUUUCUCACGUCUAUACAAAGAAUUGAUAAUGAUUACACUGUGUUUAAUCUGUAAGUAGAUUUGUUUAAUUUCUCUUCGCUGUCAUGUUAAAGUUAUUUUGGUUCUUUUUUCGUAACGGUGAUAGUUGAAUGUGAUGUGUGCAGUAGGUGGGAUCUGUUGAAUCUGCAGCGGGCAGACAGAUGCUAUGCAGAGUAAUGGAAAAGGGAAGGAGUCAGACCUCCAAAGAAGAGAGAUCUAUCCUUUAUAAUGCAAGUGAGCCGUCCAGAUUCAACAAUGCUCAGACAUUAUAGUUAAGGUGCAAAAACAUUGCAACAAUGUUCAGUCCCGGCAGAUUGUGGAGGCACUGGGUACAAGUUUACUCAUCUGUCAUUACGGUACCUACGUUUUUUUGUUAUUUAUUUUAUGCCUUUUAACCCCUUUUUUGGAACUGCAAAUUGUGUGGUACAGAAUCAAAUAUUUAUGAAUGUGACACGAUAUGCCCAAUUGAAAUGAAACGUCUUUUAAUGUGUAACAUGUUCCUGUUUGGUUAAAUGCUGUAUAGAAACCCCAUUUGUGUUUCAUUUCAUAUCUUGUUUAAACCACUUUUAUUCUGCAAAGUAAUAGAAAGGUACUCAAGCUGAAAGCAGGAACAAUAGCGCAUCGGUGAGAUAAGGGCCUGCUAGAAAAAAACUUUUUUGAAGUGUAAUUUUUUAGUUGGAUAAAGUCUAGGAUUUAGCACAAUGUAACCUUUUGUGUGACCCUUUCGAAGGCCUCCUCUUGCUGCUUUUAUUCUUUAUUUUGCCUUUUUCCCUGUAUUUCCUGUAUUUCUAAUCCAUUAAAUUGGUUACCUCAGUCCUGUUGCAGCAUUACAUUUUAGGAUUAUUGUGUUUAGUAAAUGUUUGUAUACCUUUUGAAAAUGGUAUUUGUAAAUAUUCAGGUUUAUUUUUUGUUUCAAGUCGGUGUUUUAAAAGUAUGAAUGUGAACGGUACGUGCUUUUUUAAACUAGAAAAUUGUGUUUGCACAAGAAUAUAAAAAUGUAUAAUUUUAAAACAAUUUCUGCCUUUCGCUUCAUGUAUAAAUAUAUUUAUUUGGGCCAAUGAGUUUUAUACUGCCUAAUAAAAAGAAAAU